AUGGGGAGCUAUAAGGAUAAGUUGGUGGGUGCAAUUCCUGGAGCAUUCGCACAAGUGUUUGGCUUUGAUAGUUCAAUGCAAGAGGAUUUGGAGUCUGAUAAUGAAGAGGAAAACGAUCAGGAUAGCAGCAUUAGAAUUGGUUUUACCAAAGAAGAGAAGGUCCGUAUGAGAGCACCAUGGCAAAAAGCUCUCAUCAUCAAAACCUUUAGGAGGAGAAUGGUGUUUUCCUUCCUUGUCGAGAGGGUGCAAAAAAUGUGGAAUCCGUGUGGUGGUAUGGACUGCAUAGAUUUGGGUUAUGAUUACUUACAGUGGGAACCAGAGUUUAAGGCUUCCACAGCAACUCUCUCUUUGGUAGCAGUAUGGAUAAGACUACCAGAGUUGCCCAUUGAAUUUUAUGAACCUAGCGCACUCCUAAAGAUUGGGAGAGCUAUUGGCCCAAUCCUUAGGAUUGAUUCUCACACAGCUAAUAGGGAAAGGGGUAGGUUUGCCAGAUUAUGUGUGCAAGUUAACUUGGAUAAGUUGUUGGUAAGGAAGCUUUAUCUUGGCAAGCUUGCGCAAUGUGUGUUCUAUGAAGGAAUUAAUACUCUCUGUUUCUCGUGUGGAAGGAUUGGCCACAAGAUUGAAACGUGUCCAUACACCGUUAGAGAGCAACCCAAGGAGCAGAGUAUGGAUAGGAGUGAUGGGCAAACUGAGAUGCAAAGUGCCCAAGGGGCGAACGGGUUGAAGGAAAAGGAAAAAUCACAACAGGAGUACGGUGAGUGGAUGGUUGUUAACAGGAGGAAAGCUAACAAUAGAGCAUGGCCAAUGUAG